UGAUUCGACAUCAGUUUGUGCCCAAGGGCCACGCCAUAAAUACAACAAGAAGUAGGAGGGAAAACAUACGUGUAACACAGACAGAGUGUUCUCUCCAUUCAGUAAUUGAGGAUCAAACAAUGGACUCGCGGAAGGAAUCCUCAUAAUCACAAUUAGUCAUUAGAAGUGAGACGAGAUUGAAUCCAACCAGCACUACGCCAGAUGGCAGCCCCACUUGGUGGGCCAACCUCGGCUCGGCCAACCUCAGCUCGGCCAUUUCAUCAGGAUUUCUUUGAUUACAACGUGCCUCGAACUGACCAGCCACUCAAUUUGACUUCCUACGAUUACCAAGAGAUGGAACCAUGGGAUCGGGUGGAAGAGGGUUAUUCAAGAUUCAGUGCUUUGGAGUGCUUUCGAAUCAUUUGGAUGAGUGUGGCCGUGCUACUGACGGGUACCUUGGUCAUUCUGGUCUUUCGCAGCAUUUGGCGAUCUCGCCAAUUCUCAUGGGGCUUCAUCGGAAGAAUGGCAUUUUUCUUGGCUUUCAUGGUUAUGAGCGACUUCUUUGACAUGGUGAUCUUCUUGGAUUUCUACAUCUUCAGGGUGGCCGUGGACUUCAUCCGUUUUGGUCAAGUCUGGGCUUUUGCUUUGGAGUUCACUCAUCUGGCACAACGGUUCCUCGUAGUGGGCAUUGGUUUGGUGGAGCUCCUCCGCUUGAUCAGUUUGGAAUCUUUUUUCCCCACAUGGCACAACCCCAAGUCAUAUUGGGCUGUUUAUGGAGCAACGGGACUCAUACUACCAUUCUCGUUAAUCUUGUUUAGUGCUUGGACAGGAGAGGUCACCGCCCUUCAUUUCUUUGAGUUUAUUCUUUUACCUUUCCUACUGAGUUCUGGUUUGGCAUUGGCCAUCUAUAAGAUGGCGCUCAAAAUGCUUCUACACAUGAACAUGGAGGAGAUUUUGACGGUGAAACUCACACUGUUCUAUUUGUUUCUCGUCAUAUGUGAGAGCGUCAUAUUCUUCCUCAUUGAGGAAAUUGUUUGGGGCGUGUCGGAAAGGUCUUCACACACUACAAUUCAACUUAUCUACAUGGUGCGGGACGGAGUCCACGAGAUGGCCCACUUUUUCUACCCUAUUGGCUACUUUCUUUUCUUGGCGUCAAGAAAUGGAAGUACAUGUUGGCGCUUUUUACCCGCCUUGAACAACCCCUCCUGGAGCAUGUUCCAAAGCCAACGAUUGGAAGAUCUCAUUCGAGCAGAAGAGGGCGAGGCCGAAACCGAGCUCGACAGUUUGGUGUGCUCGCAUCCCAAUGGUCCGUUGGACAGAGGCGAUAUCGAACCGGAAGACAGAUUGUUGGUCUCCACCCGCCGUUAAUCAGGAGAUUGGAGGUUCCCACACCACCACAAUACAUCGAAGACAUCAAAGUUGGAAUGAGCAUGAUCUUGACGAAUUCAAUACCAAUAUCAAUACACGUACAUACAAAACACGAAA